AUGUGCAUUGCAAAGCCUUACAUGUUUUUGACUUGCCUCAUUCCAGGGUUGUCGAGUCCAAAAGCAGGAAUUGAUGUGUAUUUACAACCUUUAAUUGAUGAUUUAAAGAGAUUGUGGAUUGGAGAAUGUACUUAUGACAUAUCUUGUAAACAAAACUUCAAUAUGGGAGCUUCUUUUAUGUGGACUAUUAAUGACUUUCUUGCAUAUGUCAUGUUGUCUGGUUGGGGUACACAUGGUAAAAUGGGAUGUCCUUAUUGCAUGGAUGACACUAAGGCGUUUACAUUGGAAAAAGGAGGGAAAAAUUCAUGGUUUGACUGUCACCGUAGAUUCCUACCAGAAAACCAUGGACUUAGAAAAAAUAAGAAUGAUUUUAGAAAAGGUUUAAAAGUAACAGAUCUGCCUCCUCGUCACUUGUCAUCAAUUGAAUUAUGGAACAUGGUCCGUGAUCUACCAAAAUCCACUAACAAUGGAAAAGCGAUCUGA